ACUAGAUUAUGCAUAAGAACGUCGUGAUAAUGAAAGAGCAAAGUUUGUAUGUUUGGGAGCCUCUCGCAUUCAACUCGCAUUCGUCCUCGAGUUCGUGUGGAAGCCAUUCAGAGCGGAGGUGGCCAGGAGCGUGGCAUUCGAAGUGGAACCGUUCCGACUCCACUGGUCGUUGGAUUGGGGGAAGCCUGUGAAAUCGCUAGCCGUGAAAUGGAGUACGAUCACAAAUGGAUGGAGUUCCUCUCGAAACGCCUGAUGGACCAAAUCUUCGCAUCGCUACCGAAAGUCAUCCGCAAUGGCGAUCCAGUUCAUUCUUAUCCCGGAUGUAUCAAUCUGUCGUUUGCAUACGUUGAGGGUGAAUCGCUGUUGAUGGCGCUGAAAGACGUUGCCCUCUCGAGUGGGUCGGCUUGCACUUCGGCUUCGCUGGAACCGUCGUAUGUGCUGCGUGCGAUUGGUGCCGACGAAGAUCUGGCUCACAGCUCGAUUCGCUUUGGCAUCGGACGGUUUACCACCAUCGAGGAAAUCGACUACAUAGCUGAAAAGUGCAUCAAGCACGUGACUCGACUCCGAGAGAUGUCCCCGCUGUGGGAGAUGGUCCAGGAAGGUAUCGACAUCAAGUCGAUCCAGUGGUCGCAGCAUUAGAGCGGACGGGUCGGGGCAUAUUUUAAAGAGAGAUUUGAUUUUGUAUGUUCUGCUGUGUAUGGUUGAAUUCAGUGAGGGUUUUUUUUUAAUUGUUAAUCAUUGAUUGUGUUAUUAACACAUCCACUUUUGGUAGUAAGUAGGUAUUGAGACGAGAGAAAAAUAAUGUAUAGCUUUGCUACAUAUGCUAUUAGAGACAGCAAUAAAU